UUGAUCUUGUUUGCUUGUUUCUCUAGGCCAUGGUGGGACAUCAUCCUUUUAUCAUCCAGAUAUACAAGUCAUGGCAGAGCAAAAUCAACUUACAUAUAGUGAUGGAGUUUGCAACCCAUGGUGAUCUCUACACACUAUGGAUCUUAGAAGGAGUCUUCACUGAGAUGGCCGUCUGCAUCUUCAUUGCGGAACUCUCGAUGGCGCUAGACUACCUUCAGAAUGCUGGUGUCAUAUACAGAGACCUAAAGAUGGAGAACAUUCUGCUGGACCAAGAGGGACACAUCAAACUGACCGACUUUGGCCUUUCAAAAUGGAUGAAGAAAGGAAACCGGGCAUCAACGAUAUGUGGCACAUUACAGUACAUGGCUCCAGAAAUCCUAAACGAGGAGAACUACACACAUGCUGUUGACUGGUGGUCGUUAGGUAUCAUCAUGUACACACUCCUGACUGGCGGUUACCCUAUAGAUGGCGCUAAAACACAUUUUACUAUGUAUAGUAGAGUUCUUGCCAAGAAAUACGUUCUACCUUCUAGUAUAAGCAGUGAGGCUUGUGAUGCUCUGGAUAGGUUACUCAGGAAAGACCCCAAUGACAGACUGCAAUCCUUAGGGGAGAUCGUCCAUCUAGAUUUCAUCAAGAACAUCUCAUUGGAGCAGUUGGUACGACGGGAGAUCACCCCCAAAGACUACCUGAAGAGAAGGUUACCCAGGACUUUAGCUAGGAAGUCAACCAACAAGAAGGGCAGGGAGUUUCUCUAUGAUAAGAUACCAUGUGACUUUACUGUUGACAAUUUUGAGUGGACUCGAGUAACCCAGUUAUAGUACCAAAGAAACUUGAGACAGACUGGUGAUCUCAUCAAGAGCAGCUGCCAUGAAAUGAAACCUUCUUAAAGGGACACAUCAGAAGAAGUACCUUGAUAAAAAGAACAGUAUUCUGACUGACAGGAUGGAAGAGGAAUCCAUCUUGGAAGUCUACCGAUGAUGUCUGAGUUUUGUUUCGUCAAAGGCGGAGGUGAUCGAUGUACGAUCGUUACUGAACGAUCAGGAUGACUGGUUAGAGUGAUAUCGCAUGCAGGGUUGUCGUUGAUGUCCACAGCGAUAGCAUGGGCAUAUUCAUUAUUCAGGAAAGCAUGCGAAGCAGCUGCCUGAUCAUGUUGAGAAGGAUCAUUGUUGCCUUAAAAGUGACUGAAAGACAUUGAGAUGGCAAGUACGUACAUGUACCUUCAUUACAAAGGGAUGUAGCAUCGGUAUCAACGGAAGAGCAUACCGAAGAAUCCUACAGAUCUUACAGAGAAAAGAUAAGAGAGUGGAAAGAAAUACCUAUGUAGAUUGCUAGUAGGAAGCCAUUGCAAGGUGAUGCGCAUUACAUCAUUGGUGGAAGGCAAUGAAGAAUCGCACGCAGCACACAGAGGAAUUACUGAGCUAUCACUAGCCUUGGUAUGGUAAUGAAUCAAUAUCUCUUUCAUUAUGAAAGUGAUCCUCUUGCCCUUGCUAUUAUGAUAGGGGAUGUUGCUGAUGCCAUGACUCAUACGACCAUUAUUGUCAGUAUUGGUAUUAAUGAAUGCAUGGUUGAAAUCACCCAAUCGUGAUUAAGAGUUGUGCUUUCCAUGAUAAUCAAUCUCCAAUGUACUGUUAUUAUAAACAUGGCUCUAAUUAAUAUCUUGCAAGUCACUAUGAAGUCAUUUUGUUGGUUUGAAUAUCAUUAUAAAAAAGAAU